UUACUUUUACUGCAGACGCGCCUGUUUGUUUGGAACCGCCUAGCAACAAUCACCUCGAAUGUGACGUCACAGUAACGUAAACAAUGACCCGAACACUCGCAGCACGAGCAGCAGCUUUGGAAUACAAACCUUAUUGCGCACGCGCACUAUGAAGCAGAGGGACGAAACCGGCGCCGUUUCAAAUCCAUAGCAGGACAUUGCAAUGUAAAACACAAUACAGCAAGAGCCAACAUGGUGAACACUGGUGUCCAGAGACUUUCUGCAGCCAAUAAUAUGCGAAGAUUACAACCAGACACGCCCACUACUGUGGACGCUUUUAUUUCGUUCCAGGAAAUUGAAACGUUUGUUUUGUUUCUGCUGGAGAGAGAGGAAACUGUAGCCGCUGCUGAUUUCACAGUAUUUUAUCAUCUGGAACCGGAAUUCUUAAACAAAUAAUACAUUAAAAUCAAACAGGAUUCCGCUACUCGAGUCUCAAGCUAACAGUCAGUGAAGAUGGACGUCAGUGUCUCCGUGUCGUUCUUUCAAGACGAGCUCGCCUCUACCAUCGAGCACGCAGUGAAAGCGGCUGUAGACACCGUCUUGUGCCAAAUCACAAAAGUUGUCGGCGGCAAAUUCACCGAAUUCCGAAUGGAAAUGGCUGGAAAGGAGAAAGAUAAUGAAAGUCUGAAGCUGAGAUUGGAAAUAUCAGAGAGCGAGUUGAAAGCAGUGCGGGAAUGCAUGAACGCUGCAGAUGCAGACAUUAAACAAGCUCUCAGAAACAUGAACCCCGACUGCAAUGAACAAGACUUUCAGAGGAACGAGAACCAGGGAUUAUUUCAAGAUCCAAAAGAGAGCUGUGCUAUGCAUAGAUCUAAAGCAUAUGAAGGGUCAAGGAUAGAAGCAGUUUACACACAAGAUGAGUCCUUUGACCAGGAGUGGUGUGGAAGUCUAAAGCAGGUUACAGAGAUGACAUUUGUUAAAGAUGAAGAGGUCCCUCGACUGGAAUGUGUUCCUAUUAAAGAGGAAUUCUUAGAACAGGAAUGUCUCCCCAUCGCAGAGGAGGUUCCUACUGAAAAUAAUGGCUGUACACUUGAGGAGAACAACACGCUGGGGUCAAAUCUGUCUGAUGAUUGUCCACCUGAAUAUGAACUGGGAUUUAGAGCUGCUAAAGGAUAUCUCACAGGAGGGAUUCUAUUUCCCUGUGCUGAUUGUGGGAAGAGUUUCAGUCGUUUCUCACAGCUUAAAAUUCACCAGCGUGUUCACACAGGAGAUAAACCUUAUCACUGCAAUGAGUGUGGGAGGAGUUUCACGCAGUUACAAAAUCUUAAAAGACACCAGCGCAGUCACACAGGAGAGAAGCCUUAUCACUGCACCGAGUGCGGGAAGAGAUUCAAUCAGUUAGCACAUCUUCAGUCACACCAGCGCAUUCACACAGGAGUGAAACCUUAUCAGUGCACUGAGUGUGGGAAGAGUUUCACAGUGGUACAAAAUCUUAAAAGACACCAGCGCAGUCACACAAGAGAGAAGCCUUAUCACUGCACUGAGUGUUGGAGGAGAUUCACACAGUUAGGACAUCUUCAGUCACACCAGUGCAUUCACUCAGGACUGUUGGUGCAGGCACCUCAAACUGUGGCACAGAUGCCUUCUGAGCCACAUGCAGCCUGCCCGGGCACGCCCCCCAGCCAAUCCGGACCUCUUGAUCCGCUCACCACCGGGCGAAUCUACCUGCUUAAUUGGUUGCCUAGCAAUGCGUCUCCUGAAACGUCCCAGCUGCACACAUCCAUGCAAGAACCAUCAGUGAAGAUGGACGUCAGCGUCUCCGUGUCGUUCUUUCAAGACGAGCUCGCCUCUACCAUCGAGCACGCAGUGAAAGCGGCUGUAAACACCGUCUUGUGCCAAAUCACAAAAGUUGUCGGCGGCAAAUUCACUGAAUUCCAAAUGGAAAUGGCUGGAAAGGAGAAAGAGAAUGAAAGUCUGAAGCUGAGAUUGGAAAUAUCAGAGAGCGAGUUGAAAGCAGUGCGGGAAUGCAUGAACGCUGCAGAUGCAGACAUUAAACAACCUCUCAGAAACAUGAACCCCGACUGCAAUGAACAAGACUUUCAGAGGAACGAGAACCAGGGAUUAUUUCAAGAUCCAAAAGAGAGCUGUGCUAUGCAUAAAUCUAAAGCCUAUGAAGGGUCAAGGAUAGAAGCAGUUUACACACAAGAGGAGCCCUUUGACCAGGAGUGGUGUGCAAGUCUAAAGCAGGUUACAGAGCUGACAUGUGUUAAAGAUGAAGAGGUCCCUCGACUGGAAUGUGUUCCUAUUAAAGAGGAAUUCAUAGAACAGGAAUGUGUCCCCAUCGCAGAGGAAGUUCCUACUGAAAAUAAUGUCUGUACACUUGAGGAGAACAACAAGCUGGGAUCCAACCUGUAUGAUGGUUGUCCACCUGAAUAUGAACUGGGAUUUAGAGCUGCAAAAAGAAAUUACACAGGAGGGACUCUAUUUCCCUGUGCUGAUUGUGGGAAGAGCUUCAGUCGUUUCUCACAGCUUAAAAUCCACCAGCGUGUUCACACAGGAGAUAAACCUUAUCACUGCAAUGAGUGUGGGCGGUGUUUCACACAGUUACAAAAUCUUAAAAGACACCAGCGCAGUCACACAGGAGAGAAGCCUUAUCAUUGCACGGAGUGUGGGAGGAGUUUCACAGUGUUACAAAAUCUUAAAAGACACCAGCGUGUUCACACAGGAGAGAAACCUUAUCACUGCACUGAGUGUGGGAGCAGUUUUACAGUGUUACAAAAUCUUAAAAGACACCAGCGCAGUCACACAGGAGAGAAGCCUUAUCACUGUGCUACAUGUGAGAAGAGUUUUGCACACUUAAUUUCCUUGAAAACCCACCAGCAGACUCACAAAAAAUGAAUGACUGAAGAGUUUCAGCCACUUAUCAAACCUUAUGCGACACCAUAAAAUUCACACAAGAGUGAAGCCCUACCCUGCACUGGGUAGCAGUGUGGAGUAGUGGUUAGGGCUCUGGACUCUUGACCAGCGAGUCGUGGGUUCAAUCCCAGGUGGGGGACACUGUACCCUUGAGCAAGGUACUUUUACCUAGAUUGCUCCAGUAAAAAUCCAACUGUAUAAAUGGGUAAUUGUAUGUAAAACUAACGUGUAAAGAAUAAUGUAAUUGUGUGUAAAAAUAAUGUGAUAUCUUGUAACAAGUAGUCCUGGAUAAGGGUGUCUGCUAAGAAAUAAAUAAUAAUGAUAACACAGUACACGCUUGCAAGCAAACUGAUAAAUAUAAAUCACCAUAAUCUAAAACAGGAAAAAUAGUAGCAGUCACUAACUUUAGUUGCUAGACUGGGAAAAGCAGCUUUAUUUCUAAAAAGAAAACCUGUCUUGGGUCCCAAUUUUAAAACCAAUUUAUCAAUAUGGUAAUUAAAAGUAAGACGCUCAUCAAUCCAUAUACCUAGAUAUUUCUAAAAAAGAAACUCCAUGUAAUGUAACAAUAACCCAAGUCAGAUUGCUUAUUUUCCUCCUAUUAGAAUAUAAUAGCAUUGUUUUUGUCUUGGAAAAGUCUGUUGUACAAUAUUAAAUGCAGUCUGCCGGUAUCGUCAGCAUGUAAAUGUACAUUAAUAUUACCCAUGUCAUAUCUCAGGUCAUUUAUAUAGAGGAUAAAAAGGAUUGGUCCAAGGAAUGAACCCCUGAGGUACCCCCUGACAUAGAGGUUCAAAGGUGGAAAUAUUCCCAUCAGAUCGUAUUGCUUGUGUUCGAUCUCUUAGCUAAUCCUUGAACCAAUCCACAGCCCUCUCACUAAAUCCUAAACCUGAUGUUUUACACAGAAUUGUAUGAUGAACAGAAUCAAAGUAAUCCAGCAACAAAACACCUAUGAAUUUACCAGUAUCCAGAGCAUAUGAUAUAUCAUUAAACACCUCGAGAACUCCAGUUUGUGUGCUGUGUUUCGAAUGAAAUCCAGGCUGGUGAGCUGCUAUGAUAUUAUUCUGUUCUAAGAAUCUCUUUAGCUGUUGUUUACUAAACUCUCCAAUACUAUGGCAAUAACGAAGUACAGAUAUAGGUGGGUAAUUGUUGGAGUUUGAAGGGUCACCUUUAAAAUAGGGACAACGUGCAGAUUUCCAAAUCGAUGGAAUUGUAUUUGAAAUAAGAGAUUAUGUAGAUCGGCUCAUGGUUGUGCAAUAAUCCAUGCUGCUACCUUUAAAAAUAUGGCUCCAGUCCAUCUGGGCCAGCUCAUUUUUUUCUGAUCUAGACACAGUAAUAGUUUAAGUACCUUGUAUGCUUUAAUAGUAUGAAAAUGAAAGGCUGUAAGCUUUUGCUGUCUUUGUUCAGCUAAAUUAGAAUCAAUGUCUGAUUGAUCCUUGGUUUUAACAGAACCGGACGACAUCUGUAUAAUAGAUCCAUCAAAUACCAAACCAGCCUGUGGCAAAGUGGUUAAAGAAGACAGACAAUUGUAAUCCAGUUGAAAAGGUUUGUUUUGUUUGUUUUUGUCCAGUGCCUGACAGCGAAACAAACAGUAAACAAUAAUGAAGGUAAGUAAUACUGCAGCGUGUAUUACUUCAUUUAUAAUCCCCGGGUUUACCCAGCAAAUAAUAGUCCUGUUUUUAUUAUACACCCACACAAAACACAUGCACAAGUCCGUUAGUGAGUGAAUUAGUGCUAGUGGUGCAAAUAUAGUUAGUGAUACGAGUGUACGGGUUUGUGCUGGCCUCUGGAGACAGCUCCGGAAAGUGUUAGCUGUCUAGUGAAUACAAACAAGCAAACAGACAGAACAAAACAAACACUCGUAGCAGCUGGUUUCGCUGUGAUAUCUGAGUUCAGUAUUGUCUGAUGAUAAUACGUGAAAAACAUUCUCUAGCAUCCAGCACUACAUUUAAAACAAAACCAAGCGAGGAAUAUCUAACUGUUAACAUACAUGUCAAUGUAAGGAGGCAGUGUGGUCCAGUGGUUAAAGUCCAGAGCUUGUAACCAGAAGGUCACCCGUUCAAAUCCCACCUCUGCCACUGACUGACUCACUAUGUGACCCUGAGCAAGUCACUUCACCUCCUUGUGCUCCGUCCUGCGGAUGGGAUGUUAAAUCAGUGUCCUAUUGGAAGUGACUCUGCAUAUAAUGCACAGUUCACAGCCUACCUCUGUAAAGCGCUUUGUGAUGGUGGUCCACUAUGAAAGCGUUAUACAAAACCAAAGAUAUUAAUAAUAUAUCUAUCAAUAAACCAGACAUAUUAUAACAUAUUGUUUGUGUUUGUUUCGCAGUUCCCUUUAAUAAGCUGCAUGUUGGAAUUCUAGGUACUGUACAGCAUUGUGCAGAUAUGCCACUGGAACUGGUUCUGCCAUUUGGUGCUGUUGUGUUUGUUCUUAAUAAAUGCUCAGUUAGUAAAUAUUCUAUAUUUUAUGUUGAAACACCUGUCCAAUUUUGUGGGUUUACUAUUACAAAAACAUUAACUUGAAAAAGAUUGAACAGUAAAAAUGAGGUUU